AUGAACUUCCGUUCCCUUGAAGUCUUCAUUAAGUGCUUGCAUAUGCUCUCAUACAGGUUCCUUAACGGUCGGGGAUCUUACAAUGCAAUAAAAAUAUUCCCGACCGUCGAGAAAGUCUGUAAGGAGAAGAACGCACCGUUGUUACUGACGAGUAUCUACGAUGUCGAGGGGAAUAUGCUGCGAAACUCGAAUUUUGCUAAAAGAGCUCACGAGAUGUAUUCUAAAGCACUUGAGGUCCUCCUAACAUCGGAUUCAAGUCAAGAUCGGGAUCGCAUGCUUGCUAGAUCAUACUCGACGCUUGGUAAUUCCUCUCUGGCAAUGAAUGACGUUGCGAAAUCUCUUCAUUACCACCAGCAAGGACUACUUCUUCAGGAAAAGCUAACUGCAUUGCACAACGAGCUGGUAUUUGGCAACACUUUGGCCCUGGCAUACAUAAACGCCAGCUGGGCCUACUGGAAGAGUGGGCAGCUUGAUAAAGGCUCAGAGAUCGUUGAAAAGGCACUCAAGCUCAUCGAUAACCUUAACAAGGCCCCCAAUAAAGUUUGGGCUCGGAGAAGUUGGGGCCUAAGAGUCUUGGGAAAUAUCCGGAUUGCCCAGAAGCGUGACGCUGAAGGGUUCGAGAUUCAUCAAGAAGCGUUCAAGAUCCAAAUCAACCAUUUUGGAUACGAGCAUCACGACACUGGUGAUCUCUGUUACAAGCUAUCAUAUCAUUACCACCAUUUCUCUAAUACACCCGAAGCAAUUAAAUAUCUGAAAGCCGCUUUGAACGUCUAUAAAUAA